UUUGAACAUCUGUUUGGUAAUAAGUCGCUUCUUACCGGAUAUUUAUUGUUGUGGUGACUAACAAUAAAUUUAUAAUAAUAAAUUAUGUUGUUAAAACUCAUUUAUAUAUUUAAUACUUUUCUCUUUCUGAUACUGAGUCUGAUAUCAUUCGGCUUUUGCCUACGAAAGUGGUUGCAAAGUCGCAAGUUAAAAUUAUCAAAAAACAAAAUUGUCAAUGUUGGAAUCUUCCAUCCAUAUUGCAAUGCUGGCGGCGGCGGUGAACGGGUCUUAUGGUGUGCCAUAAGAGCGCUACAGGCAAAAUAUGACAACGUCAAAAUAAUAAUCUACACUGGGGACAUAGAUAGUUCCCCUAACAACAUUUUGGAAAAUGUUCAAAACAUAUUUAAUAUAAGUCUAGAUAAAGAAAACAUAACAUUUGUUUAUCUCAAACGUAGACAAUGGAUAGAAGCAAAUAUGUAUCCCUACUUUACGCUUCUUGGUCAAAGUAUUGGAUCUGUGCUUUUGGGACUAGAGGCGUUGUGCAAAUUUCCUCCAGAUAUUUAUAUAGAUACGAUGGGAUAUGCUUUUACUUUACCUCUAUUCCGGUAUUUGGGUUCAUGUAAAGUGGGUUGCUACGUACACUAUCCUACUAUAAGUACCGAUAUGUUACGCAGAGUGCAGCAAAGAGAAUUUUUGCAUAACAACCAAAACUAUGUCGUUCGCAAUCCGUUUUUAACAUGGAUGAAAAUAACAUACUACCGAAUAUUUGCGAAGAUUUAUAGUGCAGUUGGUAAAUGUUCUGAAACUAUAAUGGUAAAUUCUUCUUGGACUGAAAAUCAUAUCUUGGAAUUGUGGGAUGCCCCAUUCAAAACACAUCGUGUCUAUCCGCCUUGUGAAGUAAAUCAUAUUAAAAAUUUACCUUACGCUGGUAAUCCUGAUGAAAUCAUUAUCUUAUCAGUUGGCCAGUUCCGUCCUGAAAAAGAUCAUCCUCUUCAAUUACAAGCUAUGUAUGAGCUCAGGACACUAUUGGCACGUAACGAAGCUUUGUGGAAUAAAAUAAAACUCAUUAUUGUAGGAUCAUGCAGAAAUGAGGAAGAUUACGACCGUUUAAAAAAUAUGCAAGAUUUAUCAAAACAUUUAUCCUUGGAAAAUUCUGUUGAAUUCAAAGUAAAUGUUCCAUAUAAUGAGUUAUUGCAGUUAUAUAAGAGGGCGAAAAUUGGUAUUCAUACUAUGUGGAAUGAGCACUUUGGAAUUGGUAUAGUCGAAUGUAUGGCUGCUGGCAUUAUAAUGGUAGCUCACAGAUCGGGAGGUCCCCUGUUGGAUAUCAUAGAAACAUCAGAAGGAUGUCAAAAUGGAUACUUAGCUGCUGAUGCAGUGGAAUAUGCUAACUGCAUAUUGAGCAUUAUAUACAAUUCAAAAGAAGAAAACGAUGCGAUUCAGAAUGCAGCUAUCUCAUCCGUAGAAAGAUUUUCGGAAAAAGAAUUUGAAAUAAAUUUUCUUCGUGCAAUAACCCCAAUUUUUAACAAAAUAACUUAAAUAUUCAUAAUCAUAUAUAUUC